AUGUUCCAUACACCAACCCAACAGAAGAAACCAGAGGUAAGGGACCCCACACCGGUACUGUCGCCAAGACGGGGUGUAUCAACGGCAAGCGCCGUCAAAGAUAAAAAAAAGGGAAAAGAAAAUGCCGGAAACACCAAAAACGGCCCCCUCAGCACAUUUACAGGAAUGGGACGAGGAUAUGGAGAAGAAAAGGACAGAGUUCUUUUUUCUUUUUUCUUUUUUUUAUGCCUAAACAUACGUCCGGAGAAUAUCGUGGAUUUGCCUCAGGAUGCAUUAUUGAACUGGGUCUGCCCUACGUGCAUGAUUAAACAGCCGAAAGGUAAUAAUUCUGAAUCUGUGGCUCGACCAUCUACUCCAACAACGAUGGCUGAAAUAUCUUUUAACAGCGUCACCCGACGUAAGGCACCUGCUAAAUAA